UUCAUUCAUAAUAUAUAUGAUGUGAAUAAAUGAAAAAUAUGAACACAGAGAUAUUUGAAAUAAAUGAUUUUACUGACUCCUCUGAAUUUGAAAAGUUUGUUUCUAUCAUUAACAAAUAUUUAAAAGAUUGGCUUGAAAAUAUUGAUGAAAUAAUUAAUUUUCACCUUUCAGAGGAGCCAAACAAGGAAUGGAUUAAACAAGAUCAAAUAAUAAAUUAUGCAGAUGAUAAAUUUUUAUUAACACUUUAUAUUUUAAAUAAAAAAGUAUGCAAAACCGAUGUUGAGACAAAUAUAUAUUUGUCUAACCCUAACCAUAUUUUUGCAUCAAAAACUCACCAUAUUUCCAGAUGGUUUGGUUUCAAAAAAUUCAUAAUACUCAAACACAUUAACCAAUCCAUUUUGUCAUCUUCCAAUUCAAAAAACACUAAAUUUCUUCCAUCUAACCCUGUAUCCACUCAACCCCUCACUCCUAGUCAAACGCUCACCUUGCUAAGUGCUUUGGCCUUAGCCCUUCAACAGUUUCGUCACAAAUUAUUAGACAUAUCCUCUUAUCACCAUAAUAAUAAUCACCCAAAAUCGAAAUUCCACGAUCAAGGGAACCAAAACUUGUUUGACUACCCCGACCCCAAUAUACCCCUCUUCGUAUGCAUAAACGAAGAAUUUCGACUCUACCAAGGAAUGUUAUGGGAAGAAAAAACCACAACCACUAAUAAUGAUAAUAAAAAAUUGGCAUGCCGACUGAGCCUCGAAAUGCUAUAUUUCACUCAACCUUUAGGGGGUCUGGCUUACCUAGAUUCUUUGACAGAACUUUUGCCAAUUGCAAACCCAUCUCAAAGAGAACAGACAAGAUCCGAUAAACUAACUGACAUCAGCGUGAGUCUGUGUUACUCUUUCGUUUUAAUGCCCAUUCAGACCAUUUUGCAUAAACCCAGCUUGUUGAUCGUAGAGAGAAAUUAUGACCUUUUCCCAUUAGACCAUCGUCAGCUGUCCGAGAAUGAUCUCGUUCUAGAUGGAUAUAGGAAUUUUACUGAUGAGUACCGACCAAAUCACCUCGCGAAUUGCGCUUUACACGAUAUCCUAUGGGCCAUGGGUAGCCUGCGAAACCCGGUUAAACGAAUAGAUCUUGGUCUUCAGUGGCUUGAUUUACCUCUAAGUUACAACUCCGAAGAUGACUUUCGCUACUCUCACAUGUCUAUAGGCUUACGGCUGAAGGAAACCGAAACCGACUGUAACCUCGUUGAAUAUUACGACACCCUAAUGACUUUAUUUAAGUCAGCUGAUAGAGAUGAAGAAAAAGGAGGGGAAAUAAAAAACGUUGAUUCGGUUAAAAUACAGUCAACUGCUAAGCUGAUUUUUUCUUUGAAAGGUGUACCAAUUGAUGACGAUGUCUUGGGAUGUUUAUUAGGCUCCAAAUUUAAACGGCUAACCGAUCUCAUAGACCGACACCAUCAUUCACAAGGGACAAAAUCUCAAGAGCCCUUUUUGCACAGUUUGGAUUACAUGAGAGGGGAUAUUUUAAGCCACGAGGAAAGGGGGAAAGAAUCAGCUUUCAAGACUACCUUCCGCGAAAACACCGAAAAUUACCAAAAAGCCCUCGAUAAAUUGGUCAGCAGCCAUAAUGUUAAACUCGGUUCGCUCAACAUAGCAAUGACCAACAUGAGGAACAACAUCGCGACACCUACCAAUAGUAUAACAGAUGCUUCGACCCAUAAGAAACACUACGAGAAGAACAAGGAUCAUAACGCUAAAAGCCACCACAAAGAAAAUCGGAAAAUAAUAUCGGAUGCUUUAAUGGACGCCAUCUUCUGGACAUUAUUUCCCGAUUCAAGGCCCAGUUUGCUCAAGAUAAAAUCAUCCAAAAUGAAGCUAUACACGCUUUCUCCACUCAUCGAUCCUGACAUUAAUGCCGUGGAUCUAGGCACCAAAUUUAAAUUAAGUCCUCCACACUCCCUAACCGAUUUAUUGACCCACACCCUAUUCAUGUUGGCCAAUUUCGACUCCUUGAUUAAACGGACAGAUUCUUUCUCUCACGAUAUUAGAAGCGAUAAAAGUUUUUUCGAUCUCGAAUACAUGCAUCCAUCACUUUUGCAACCCUUAGAUCCACCAGACGACCCAAUCGUCGAAAAUUGUGAAAUGGGGCCAAAUAUAGAAAAUGGUAAGCAACAUCGAAUCGCUGUGAGCAAAUUGAUUUACGACAUUUCACCGAAGGGUGCAGUCGGGGAGGAUAUUCUCGAUUCGAUAUUAGGGGCUUUGAAGGAAUUUUGGAAAGAAUUCGUGCUCGAACUUAGAUACAGAUGGGACAAUUGCAUACCCAUCACUUUAAUAGAAGAUGCUAAACCUGAUUACAAAUACUGUCUACUGCAUCAAAAAUUGCAAAUGCUGAACAGAUGCAUAAAGAUAAAAAAGCAACAACAACAAUAUUCAAGCCUCAAACUAGACCAGCUGACUAACGAAGAUAGCGAGGGGGAUACCUUUUUCGAAUGCCAGAAUGAUAAUAGCCCUUCCCUCAUCAGGAAGAAAUCGGAAUCAGAAAAUGACAGAAAAUCGAAAUCCCAAAAUUCCGAAAAUUUGUCAAAAUUCGGUGAUUUGACCGCGAGGGAGGUACCUGAAGGAAGGUCCCAUACGCUAGAAGGGAACGUAAAACUUUUCAACGGAACAGAUUACUUGUACGUCCCAAUAACUCAGGAACCACCUUUCAUGACCGAAGAUCAUUUAAUGCAACAUCAAUCCCUCCUACUCCAUCUCACGAGCGCGAGCUCUGACAAAAAUGAAUCGAAAAAUGUCAGCGAGAGGGCACAAUUUCAGAGCCGGACCCUGGCCUCCGAUAUGAGAGCUUUCAAGGCGGCUAAUCCCACUUGUGAUGACGAUAUAAGAGACUUCCUCCGCUGGUAUUCGCCGGCCGAUUUGAUUUGGGAUGAUAAAGAUAAAAGCAAAUGUCGUCUAAGUGAUCGAAUGAAUAUUGGAUACGAUAAAUAUUCCAAAGCAGCUUCCGACCUCAAAUCUAAAGAUGAGGAUAUAAAUGAAGACAUUAAUUCGGAAGAAUUAAGUGAGUACGAUCAACAGCUGACGGAUAAUAUAUGGACCCGAUUAUGGUUUACCGAAACCCUACCAAUGCCAGCUUGCAAGCAAGCUCGACUCUUUGACCAUCUGACCCAAGGCGAAUUAGCGUUGCAUCAUUUGGCCAAAUUAGACCUGCCCGCCAUUUUGCACGAUUCUUCGGGAUCCGUGUGGAAUCACAUGGCGCCUUAUGCCGUCAAAUGCGUCUCCGUUCUAGCCAACAAUUUGUCAAAUGACUUCGCCAAUAUAAAUUUGAACGAGCAUGUUUCCGGGGACGAUUCAAUGAAUAAUUUUAAGUCGGUGACCCCCAAUAAUUUUUUAGACUCAAAGCAGCUCGCUGGUUUGCUAUACAUCGUUCGCAAAGCCCUGGAAAAACUAUCCGAUCCGACUGGUUUCGAAAACAUAACUGACUACGACGAAAGAUUCACCGCUGCGUUGAACAAAUUUGAAGCCGACCGGGCUCGUAUCCAAUAUUACGACCAGUUCGUAAAACUGUAUUUUGGGGACGGAGACACUAAAGAAAAUCAAGAGCCCGAAAGCGAGAAUGGGCAUGAUAAAGAUGGCGCUCCGAUUCGUUAUCAUCACGAUUUGAAAAGUUUGAGUCGCUAUUUAUCCUCGGGAGAAAGUAGAGUGGAUAUAAAACUACCACCCGGGGCGUCUACCAAUCACAUCGCCAAUAUUUUCCCGAUUUUUCGCGCCUUAAUUUCUGAUGACCCCCGCAAAGUGUCAUUUUUUAAAGGUGGCGACAUUGAGCUUUUAAUCGAACCCAGAACGUUGGAUUAUAGUUGCUUCGAAAAUAAGUCGUAUUCCAACAUCGAUCGAGAAAGGGACCAAAGCCCCAGUUCAAAUCAUUUUUUCAAAGUUUUGUCGAUAGAAAAUAUAGGCCAUUCUGGAGGUGAUGAAGAUCAUUUAUUUAAAUGCGGUCUCACUGGCAAGGAAUACUCAUUUCAACGGAAACAGUAUAAAGAUAGGAAUGAUGACGAUAUAAAUGCUGAAGAAAUGAGACGGAUUCUGUACGUUUCAGUAGAGAAAAAGGAAUUCAGGAUAGCCAAGAUAGAUUAAUAUAUUUUCUUCGCGUUUUUUUUGUAACCAUGUCCUAAGAAUGGCGCUGCGCGUGAUAAAAAAAUUUAUAAAUAUGAUUGUGUAGUGCAAUAAUUAUUGUAAUUAAUCUUUAAGGGAGACGUCGUCGUUAAUACAUUUUUUUUAUUUAAAAAAAGUUAUUAUGUAUGAUCCGUUUCAGUAACGAACC